AUGGAAUCAUUCGUGGAGAGGAGCUGCAGCAGCAGGAGGUGUACUCCUCUCAUGCUUGGCGGCGUCGUGGUUGCUUUCGACGCCUUCAAAACUCACGAUUUUCACGAGUUUGAGAAGAUUAUUAGUGAUGUGUUGAAGCGGGAAGAGACGUUCCAAGAAGUUCGGACAAUCACAUUUCUUGGAGGUUUGGACAGAGUGCUUCAUCCCAUGGGUUUCAAGAUUCAUGUAGGCCAUAAGUCCUUCAUGGGAGCACAUGGCCGCGCGAUUGAGGAAGACGUUUCUAGAAAGGUCGAUGGCUACGUAAGCACGCUGCAACGCAGUGCCGUUGAAUGUGAAGAAAAAGGGGUGGAGAUCCAAGUCAAGAUUGUGGUUGGAGCUCCAUUGAUGGACCUUCUUGUAGAAGAAAUAUCAUCUCUCCGUGCAACAUGGGCUGUACUCGACAGGCAGCUAAAGAGGGAGACAAGAUCUUGUUUCCUUAAGCAAAUAUCUUGCAAGGUUGCACAAGUGCGCGACAACUUGUGCUUGGAGAUAUUGAGGCCGUAUUAUGUGGACAACUGCACCACCACUGCCAAGAAUAAGCUUGUUUACUCGUUAGGCAAGCCGGUGCCACUGCCUCCUGCUCAAGAUGAUGAGAGUGAUAGGAACUCCCUCAUCUCCCUACCUGUCACCCCCAUGAUAAGGUCUACUAAUCCCAAGAACUGCCCCUUGUCGCCUCCCACAACGAUCUCUGAGGAGGAGGAGCUCGUCUACACAAGUCCUCAGCAAGAAGUAGCACAAGUAGGCAGUGAACACGACGAGGUGGAAAAUAAACUCGAUGGCUGCAGCAACGAGGGUGAUGCAGUUGGCUCGAGCUAUUCAGAGAUGAAGAUUGAGGCAGGUGAAUAUUCAUCUGAUACUUCACCGGAAGAUACUGAUUCCAAGGAAGAAAACAAGGCGAGAGACGAAGCUGAUGAUGAAAUCCAAGAAAACAAGCUUUUUCCGUAUGAUGAUAAGGCCAACAUCAUGUGCCCUGACUCGCUGGGAUGCAGCUACACGCUUGUGCAGGCUGCAACGGAAAAUUUCUCAUUCGACAACUUCAUUGGUGAGGGCGGAUAUGGGAUCGUGUACAGGGGCAAGCUCGGUGAUGGACAGCUUGUAGCUGUGAAGGUGCAGAAGGAGACCAAGGCACAAACCUCUGCUGAGUUCCAGGCUGAGGUCUCGCCUCUCAGCUCUGCUCGUCACACAAACAUUGUCGCGCUUCUUGGCUACUGCAGCAAGGGGAACCUUAGGAUCUUGAUCUAUGAAUACAUCAACAACAAGUCUCUCGAGUGGCAUUUAUUUGAUAAUGCAGCUCGAGUUCUUGAAUGGAGCCAGAGAUACAGCAUUGCCAUCGGAGCUGCAAAAGGGCUACGGUUUCUACACGAAGAGUGCCGCGGAAGCCCCAUAAUUCACUGCAACAUUAGGCCAAGCAAUGUGAUGCUAACACAAGACCUUGUUCCAAUGUUGGGAGAUUUUGGGCUUGCUAGGUAUAGCACUUCGAAGUUCGAUAAACAGAGAAAUUUUCUAGGCAAUCUUGGAUAUGUUGCACCGGAGUGCACGGAAGGCGGCCUUCGUUGCGUGAAGGCCGACGUCUACGCCUUUGGCAUUCUCGUGAUGCAGCUGAUAUCGGGGCGGAAGGCGGUGGAUCAGCAGCAGCACUCCAUCAUGAAAUGGGCUUUGUGUUUGAUUGAAUCACUAGCAUUGGAGGAUCUCGUUGAUCCACGCCUCGGCGAUGCCUACUGCGUCUAUGAGGUAUACAACAUGAGUCGAGCGGCCUACGCGUGCGUGCAAAGUGCGCCUCUAUCGCGCCCAACAAUGAGGGAGGUAUUGAGCAUUCUUGAGGGGACGAACGAUCAUCUUCGCCACGUAAAGAGAAACUUAUACCCCAUGAUAAUAAGGCCAGAGCCCAGCCUCGACUAAUUCCAUCCUCUAUUGCAAAAUCAUAUUCAAUCUUGUAUUUUCUGCAUUUCUAACAUUUUUAUUGUACAAUACAAAUUUCAUAAAUUGAUAGAAUGAAAGUCGAGAUGGAUUGCCUAGCUAGUUGAUUAAUCACAAAGAU